GUGGGCCCUUAAGACAUAGGAGUACUUAUUGUUAUGCGACAGCCAGGGUGUGGGGGGGAGCUGGUUAUGAAUCAGAGGAGUGGGUGGCCCUGCCUCCUGUCAUGGAGGGCACUGCAGCAGGGGCCUGGGCCUGGGCCCCUCUUUGCCGUCAUGUUGGGGGAGCUGAUGUUUCUUCUGAGGAGCUUCCAUGGCUUUCUGGCUUCUUCUGGCACGAUAGGAGCAGUCUUGGCUUGGCUGCUAAGCUCUAAACCAGCCUUAUUUGGCUUCCUCUUCCUUCUGCUAUUGCUCAGCAACUGGCUGGUCAAGCAUGAGCUCAGUCGGGCUCCCUUCCAGCCCCAGACGGAGGUGGCCGAACCAACAGCGGUGGCUCCAUUGCUCUUUCCCAACGACACUGCCAUGAACAACAAAGAGCUGGAGAAGAUGAAUGCUUGCUUCGCCCUCCAGGAUAAGGUCCUUGAACGGCUGUUGUUCAGUGAGAUGAAGCUGAACGUCUUGGAAAAUCAGAUGUUCAUCAUAUGGAAUAAAAUGAGCCGCCGCCGCCGGUGGACCAGCAGACGCCGGAACUUCUCCAGGAGGCCGCUCAGGACAAGAAGGAAUGACUCUACUUUUUCCACCAUGUCUAACUAUACUACCAAUACCCUCACUGAAUGCAACUGAAAUAGGCUAGCCUCUGCUGAUGUGUCUUCACCCUGUGUGUGAGUCUGGUUUUGUUGUUGCCGCUGCUCUCACAAAAUGCCCGAAGCCUGGGAACUUAUAAAGAAAAGAGCAUUUAUUUCACAGUACUGGAAAUAUCCAAGAACGUGAUGCUAACAGUAGCUUUUUGUGAGGACUUCAAAGAAGAUAGCAACUCAUUGUGUGUGUGUGUGUGUGAGAGAGAGAGAGAGAGAGACAGACAGACAGACAGACAGACAGACAGACAGAGACACAUAGAGAGAGAUAUCACUUGGUGAGAAAGGAAGUAAAAGAGAGCCAGGAAAGCCAAAGCUGCUUUAUAACAACUUCUCCUGCAUUAGGGAUGUAGCUCAGUGGUAGAGCACUUGCCUAGGAUAUAUAAGGUCUUGGGUUCAAUCCCCAGUAUUUCCAAAAAGAAGACAACAAAACAACACUCUCUUUGGCUCAUCAAGUUAAGGCACUUCCCACCAGGUUACCCUGACAACCUGAGUUCAAUUUCUAGAACUCACAUGGUUCAGGGAGAGAAAUGACCCCUGCAAAUUGUCCUCUGACCUCCACACUUGUCGUGAACAUACACAUGAACACAUACACAAAAUAAUAAAUAAAUAAAAUAAACAGCAAACACCUUCUCUCCUUCUCUUGAGGUAACCAGCCCAGCACUAGACUGUUGAUGUGGUAAAAAAAAAAAAAAAAAAAAAAAAAAAACCACCAUGAUUAAAAGCAACCUGGGAAGGAAAGGGUUUAUUUCUAUUGCACUUCCUUUAGGGAACUCAAGCAGGGCAGGGACCUGGAAUAGGAUCUGAAGCAGAGACCAUGGAGGAACCCUGCCUACUGGCUCAGUCAGCCACCUUUCUUUGUAUUUUUUUCUUUUGAGACAGAGUCUCACUAUAUAGACCCAACUGGCCUGGAACUCACUCUGUAGACCAGGCUGGCUUUGAACUCACAGAGAUCCACCUGCCUCUGCCACCUGAGUGCUGGGAUUAAAGGCGUGCACCACUAUAUCUAGCCCUCAACUACCUUUCUUAUAAAGCUCGGGCCCACUUCCCAGAGAUGCUGCUGCCCACAGUGAACCUGGCCCUUGUACAUCAGUUAGCAAUCAAGAAAGCGCCCAUGGACCAACCUGGUAGAGCCAAUUCUUCAGCUGAGGGUCCCUCUUCCCAGGUGUUGUGUUGAUGACUAAGAUCAGCCGCCACACCCCUCUUGCAGAGGACCUGGGUCCAGUUCCCGGCACCCACAUCAGGAGGCUCACAACUGCCUGCAGUUCCAGCUCCAGGGGAUCCAACAUCCUUCUCUGGUCUCCCUGGGUACCUGCAUACAUGUGGGAUGCACACACACACACAGGCACACACAUAUACAUUUAAAAAGGAAUCUUAAAACGUUUUGCUUUAGUUAUUUAUGUGUGUGCAUGCAUCCUGAGGCUCCAACUCCGAUUGUCAGGCUGGGCAGCACGUGCCUGCCCCCACUGAAUGUCUUGCUAGCCCUGAAUUGUACUUUUGAACUUUGUGUUCCAUGGCUCCUUAGACAUGUUUCUCAGCUCUUUUUUGUCAUCAGAUCGUCGUGGCGGGGGCAGAUGCUGCACUUUUCCUCCAGUACCUGGUUCGAGUGAAUGUAGUAACAUACAGCUGUGACUGCUCUGAGUGACAGCCAGGGCCUUCCAUGCGACUUCCCACAUGUGUUUGUGGCUAGGAAUCUCAGCUAGAAAACUCAUUUCAGUUCAUCACACCUCUUUUCAUUCUACUUUCUUCUCCUUUUUUAAAUAUGUAUGAGUAUUUUGCCUGCCUAUGUAUACAUGCAACACCUCUGUGUCUGGUACCUCUUUAGGCCAGAAGCUGGCAUUGGAUCCCCAGGAACUGGAGUUACAGACAGUUGUGAGCUGUCAUGUGGGUGCUAGGAAUUGGAUCCAUGUCCUCUGGAAGAACAGCCAAGGCUCUAAACCACUGUGCAAUCUCUCCAGCCCAUGUUUUGAAUGUUAUCUCCCCGCUGAGAAGAGGCCCACAAAAGAGUGAUAAUUACAGUGACUUCCUCAGGCACUCCUGGUAUGCAGCGGCCCGUCUGCUCUACCUGUGACUCUUGUCUUACUCAGCUUCUGCUCCCACACCACUAGGGCAGUGUCUUUAUCACCCAUGCACGGCUCGAGGUCCAAGAAAAGACAGUAUCUGAUCAAAGUCACACCAUUACUAGGAGCACCGCGGGGGUUUGAACUCUGUGGUCUGGCCCGAGGGUCCUGCAAUGGGUGGAGCCUAAACUGUGCAGUCCAAGGAACUUACAUUUCCCCAAAAAUCAAGAGACAGUGGGGGGUGGGGUGGGGUGGUGGUGGUGGAAGGGGUGGAGAGAUGGCUCUGUGGUGCACUUGCUUUUGCAGAGGACCUGAGUUUGGCUCCCAGAACCCAUGUCAGACAGCUAACAGCUACCUGUAACUCCAUCUUCAGGGGAUAUGACACCCUCUUCUGAACUCCACAGGGCACUACACUUAUGUGCACAAAGCUAUAUACACCGAUACACACAAAUACAUAAUUAAAAAGAAAAUACUUUAGAGGGAGAGACAGCCAGGAUGAUAUAUCUCAUGCAGAAAGAGGAUAGAUAAUUCCUCCCUUCCUGGCUGGUGUGUGUGUGUGUGUGUGUGUGUGUGUGUGAGAGAGAGAGAGAGAGAGAGAGAGAGAGAGAGAGAGAGAGAGAGAGAUCCUCCUUGUUUCUUGGGUACAGAACUUAAGAGCGAUUCUCUAGUAAAAUACAGAAGCAAGCUGGGACCGAGAUCUUACCCAUGUACAUCUGCUGCCACCUCGUGGUGACAUUUCUGUAUGACACGGUGUGGAUUCUCUUCUGGCUGAACUAGGAGUAACCCUGGCUUGCAGGUGAGAAAUAGCUGCUUCCAGAGCUGGGCCAAGUGGAGUAUCCAGGAGGAGCCCCGCAGAAGACGGGUGGGUGUUCCGAAGGGGAGGCUCGCAGGUCCUGCAGAGAGCUGACUCAGAUCAUCAGGCCUAGCUUUGACAUGCUAUGCUCGCCCUGGAGGACCUCAUGGUCGGUCAGAUUCCCGGGGGGCUCCGGUGCUCCAACCUUAGCCCUGGCACUUCCUGGGAACUUCACAUCUCUGGACGUCAGCUUCUUUGGAUGGAAUAGCUUCUGCUUUGUGCAACUGCAGUGCAGGUCAAAGACACAGGGCCUGUAAGAUGGCUAGGCAGGGUCUCCUGGGCUGCCGGCCUGAAUCCUCAAGGAGCUGGGAUCUUCCAUGCCUUGGGGAGGAUGAAGACUUGGGCCUGCUACCAGCCCCGUCUCCUCAAAGGGAAAAAGAAAUGGUUUUUGCAGGCCCUCAGCGCCUUCCUCUUCCUGUUCUCAGUGGCCAUGACUGGCUGCUUCCUAUGGCAGUACCACCUCCCCAAGCUGCAGACCGGUUCCUUGAAGCCAGCGGUGACCCCAGCCCCGGUGAAGAUGUGUCCCCGGCACCCUGAGCUUGUGCCUCUGGUUCACCCCCUCCCGGUGCUGAAGGAGGCCUUGGAGAAGGUGGAUGGAAUUCUGCGCAAGGCAAUGCUGGCCCCAGGCCUGGCUGCCAUGUCCGCUCUUGUCAUCCACAACGACACCGUGCUCUGGACUGGGAACUUCGGAAAGAAGAACGGCUCAGAUCCAAAUUCUGGAACCCCUAAUGAGUAUACUAUGUACCGGAUUGCCAGCAUCUCCAAGCUCUUUCCCGUGCUUAUGCUGUACCGCCUAUGGGAGGAGGGCAUCGUGGCCUCCCUGGACGACCCUCUGGAGCGCUAUGCCAGCACCUUCUCCAUCAACAACCCGCUGGGCAAGGCCCAAGACCCCGAACCACAGGGCCCAAUGGGGGAAUUUGAAGAGAUGGGCUCCCUCCCGAGGCCUUCUUCUGUCACUCUGCGGAGGAUGGCCAGUCAGCUGUCAGGACUUCCCCGAAGGCUGCGGGGCACUUCGCUGCUGUGGAGAGGCAGCACCCAGGAGGCUCUGAGCCUGCUCAGGGAUGAUGUCCUGGUGGCUGACCCAGGAACCAGAUGCCACUACAGCACGCUGGCCUUCUCGCUCCUGGCCCAUGUGCUGGCUGCGCACACGGCACAGGGCGACUACGAACGCUGGGUAUCUGAGCAGGUCCUGGAGCCGCUGGGGAUGAGCGACACUGGCUUUGCACUGACCGGAGCUGUGCGCUCUCGCCUGGCUGCCGGCUUCUAUGGCAGCGGCCGGUCCGCGCCACUCUAUGAUCUGGGCUGGUACCGGCCAUCGGGCCAGAUGUACUCGACGGCUGCAGACCUGGCCAGGCUGGCGGCCGCGCUACUGGGUGCAGGGCCCCGACGGCUGCUGCGGCCCGACAGCCUGGCCACACUGCUGUCACCGCUGCGCGCCUGUGCCCACGGCUACUUUGCUCGCGAAACCGGCACACCUUGGGAGUUCCACGAGCGGCGCGGAUACCGAGUGGCGCGCAAGGACGGCGACCUGGAUGGCUACGCCGCCAGCCUGGCACUUGUGCCACCGCUGCGCUUAGGGUUUGUGCUGUUGCUGGCUGGGCCGCGCCCACCCACGCAGGACCUGGUAGCCGACGCCCUGGACAUGCUGCUGCCUGCUCUGGAGCGCGCGUUGCGCGAUGCUGAUCGCGCCCCCGCGCCCCCGCCCCGCGCGCGCCCGUUCUCUGGCUUCUUCACCUUCGCCAAUCGCACCUUCUACGAGGUGCGUGCCGCGGGGCCGCGGGGCGAGCUGCGCUUGCGCCAGUUUGGGCCGCGCGUGGAGGCGCUCGUGCCUGCUGCCUUCCGAUCGCUCGCCCUGCGCCACGUGCGCGGCCGCGUCUUCCAGCUGCACGUGGCGCGCGAGUUCCCAUGCACGCUGCCGCUCGCAGAUGCCUGGCUGUCUCUGGAGGCGCAGCACGGGCAGCUGGUGCGUUUCUACCCGUUGGAUCGCCACGGGCUGGCGCCAGGCUUCGACGUGCCGGGACUCAACACUUACGGUGUGCUACGCUUGCAGCGCAGGCCGGUGUUCGGCUCCCAGUAAGCUGGGUAUUCCCCUCUCCCCCUGCGCGUGAGCCCCCCACGCCCACGCCCACCCAUGACUUUGCACUGCCCAGGCAUGCAACCCUCUUCAUGUCUUCAGUCUGUCCUUACCGGCCUGCAGCUCUCCUCUGCAUGAUGUCUAUCCAGCUCCAGCCUUGCCCUUCCUCCAGCUUCCCACCCGAGGUUGGCAGGGAGGCCUGCCAGAGAACACAAUAGUUGGCAAAGUGGGGUCUUUCUUGGAUAGCUGCCGGUUUCAAACUGCCCUUACUCACCUGGGAGGAAAAGUUAUACAGGACUUUACAGUAAGCAUUUGAACACUUAGGCAUUGCCCCGCCAUGGUGAUAUACAGGCUAGUCCUUGGGAGAAUCAGGAGUUUGAGGCCAGCUUGGAAUGCAGGAGACCCUGUUUCAAAAACAAUGAAAUACUGAAACUUUUUUUGUGUCUGUUGAAACAAAUACAAAAUAUGAUCGGUGUUGUCUUUUAGAAAGCACUCUUAUUGGGCUGGGAGUGUAGCUCAGAAGGUAGAGAGCUAGUGCAAGGCUGCAUGAACACGGUGUGGUGGUGGUACAUCCCUGUACCUCCACUGUUGGGGAGGUGAAGGUAGGAGAGUCAGGAGGUCCAGGCCAGCCUGGGCCACAUGAGACGCUGUUUAAAAGGACAACAGUUGUUUUGUUUGUAAUUGAGUUACAAUUUGCCUAACAUUAAAGGCACCAUUAGGUACAGUUUGUUUAUAUAUUUAUUUAGUGGGGCUGCGGAUAGAACCCAGGGCAUCACAAGCUAGAUAAGUGCUCUACCAACUGAGCUACAUUCCCAGCCUGAGUUUGGACAAUUUAGAGAAAUAUUUAUACCCAUCACCAUAGUCAAGAUCCAUGAGAUUUCCAUCACCCCCAAACUACCCCCCUACUAUUGCUCUGCAGUCAGUCCCCUCCCCCUCCUCCUCCCCUAGCCCCAGGCAACCACGGAUGGGCCUCCUGUUAUUUAGGAUUAGCUGGGCCUGCUCUUGAGUUUGGUGUGAAUGGGUUCACACUGUGGAGGUUGUGUGUGCAUCUCCUCAGGUACUGUGUGCUGUUUUUGAGGUCCAAGUCUUUACGUGCAUCCAUAGCUCAUUGCUUUUUAUUCCACGGUAUGGCUGUGCCGCUUUAUUUAUCCUUGUGUCCGCUGAUGGGCACUGGGUUGUUUCCAGAUGGAGGCUGUUAGGAAAAGAUGUUUGUGCAAGUUCUCCUCUGUGCAGGGCUUUCAUUGCCCUGGGUAAGUUUCCAGAUGCCAGGCACUUUUCCGAAAGCCUUGUACCACGUUCCAUCCCCACGAGGAAGUGUGUGGUGGUUCUGUUGCCCACGUAUGUGGCCACACUUGGCUCUGUCAGCCUUUUAAUUUUAGCCACGCUGGUAGUUCUGAAGGCGGCAUAUCUCACCGUGGUUUUAACUAAAUUCUAUUUAUUGAAUUGUAAAAGAUAUAUAUGUAUAUAAGAUAGCUAUCUAUAUAUACACACACUAUCUCUCUAGAUACAGUUCUCCCCACUCUGGAUUGAUUUUUCAUUUUUCCUUUUUUAUAUAAGUCAGUAUUUAUAUGUGUAUUUUGAGACACAAUCUCCUGUAGUCAAGGCUGCUUUGGAACUCAAUAUGUAGCCCAGGGUGACCUUGAACUUGUGAUUCUCCUGCUUCCACCUUCUGAGUGCUAAGAUUAUAGACAUGUGCCAUCACACCUGUUUAUGAAGUGCUGGGUACAAACCCUCAGGGUUCUGUGCAUGCCAGGCAAACUGUUCUGUUUGGGCUACACUCCCAACCCCUGUUCUUUGUAAGUUUCAAAAACAAUGUUCAUAUGUGUAUAUGGUAGUUUGGGUUAUGUCCUCAUGAACGUAGAGUCCCUGGGAGACCAGAAGAAGGUGUCAUGGGCAGGCUGCUGUGAACUUGUGGGUGUGGGUGCUGAGAACUGAAUUCAGGUCCUCUGCAACAGCAGUAUGAACUCCUUUUUAAAAAAUGAUUUAUUUAUUCUUA